AUGCCCCAUACCGCUCCCUCUUCUGCCGGAACGCUUACUGCGGGCCUCUUCAGCAAGUCCUAUGGACACACGACCCUCGCGCUUCCAAAAUACAUCUCUCCGACCGUCAUCUGCUAUGUCUCGGGAAACUGCAUCAACUUUCUCGAUACGGGCGACUCUGAAGCGAGCGACCACGAUCAAGACCACCUCAGCGAGGAUGGCCACGAGACCCAUCAGCAAACCGAACCAAGCGAGUUGAGGCCCAUCACGAGCGACACCCAGAUCACCGCCUUCACGACCUUUCCAAAGGAUAAUAUCGUCGCCUAUGCCGAGCGCGGCACCACCACCAUCACCAUCGUGAAGUGGUCGGCGACGUCCCUCAGCGGCAGCAGCGGACCGCCCGUCGUUGUGAACGCUCCGUAUGAUCUCUCGAUCGUGUGUUUGGCCUUCUCGCUCAACGGCCAGUAUCUUGCUGCUCUCGGCGACCUCCCAAACUAUACGGUCUCGAUCUGGGACUGGAAGAGCAACAGUAUGCUCUGCUCCGCUCGCAAUGAAGCACCCGCCAGCCAAAUCAGCUUCAAUCCGGCAAACUAUCGCCAACUCGCCACCUCGGGUCUCGGCGGCGGGAUCAAAUUCUGGGAUCUUAAGCUUGGAUACAAGUCCUACAGUCUGAUAUCCAGAAAUGGCGAGGACUAUCCCACGACCAUCGACGGCCAAACCCAAGCCACGACUUCGGCCUUCGAACUGGAUCCAGACGACUCGACCCAUUCGCCCAUCUCGCCGUCGCGUCACAUCUGGAGGCCGGAUCAACAAGUCUUGGCCGCCACUGAAGACGGCAACCGCAUCGUCGCCUUUAUUCCCACGGUCGGAUCGUGCAAAGUGUUUGUGUCGGCCAAGAUAAGCCGUGGGUCGCUUCAGCUUGGUGAGACCCGGGAGCCCGACCAAGACAGUGAAAAUGUGAACGAGCGCUUCUUUGCGGACUGGGGCGGACCUGCGAACAUCAAAGCCAUGGUGAUCUCGAGGGAACAUAUCAUCGUCGGUGGACAGGACUCGGUGCUUCGAUGGGCGACCCUUGACCAGCCCCCGACGGUCGUCAGGUCGCUCAAAGUCGGCGCCUCGCCCAUCAUUGGGCUCGAGUUUUCUCCGAACUACCACUACUUGAUGGUUACGACCGUCGAUGGUCGAAUCUACACUUACAGUGUGCACGACAGCAUCAUUAAAAUGAAACUCUCAAACGAUAUCCUCGGAGUCACCUGUGUGGACAUUGCCCGUCUCUCGGGAAUGUUUGUCACCGGUCAUUCCGGAGGAGGCGGAGUUGGCUUCUGGGACCUUGACCGCAAAUGCCUGCUGAAUCGAGUUGAAGUUACCGACAACAUCAUCAGCAUCGCCGCCAGCCCGUUUUCUUCAAUGGUGGCAGCGGGAUCAAACAGCGGCAUGCUGAGGCUCUAUGUGACCAAAUCCGGCAUAGAGCAGCCCCCAAGCCUAAUCUUCAGGGAGCGACUCGAUGGCCAGCCGCUUAUCAAGCUUUUGUUUGAUCCAACAGGAAAGUAUCUCGCCGCGGUCUCUUCCAGCGGCUCAAUCUUCUUUGUGGACGUUUAUUCCAAGUUCAAGCUCCUGGGAAGAGUCGAGCUGCUGCUGUCCAAUAUCGUUGUGCGGUCGAGCUGCUGGAACUUUGAAGAGCCCGAGCAAGAAUCUGGGCUGAUUCCUUUUCUGUUCCUCUACAUUCUGACGUCAAACGAGAUUGAUCAAAUCAGCUUUGUUCAUCGGUACACGCUCCCCGUGGACCAAGAGCUUGUCCCUACAGAGAAAGGCGAGCCCUUCAGUAAAAGCGAGGUUCCGCGGGUGACAUACAGAAUCGAUGACUAUCUUAUGGAUAUAGCCGUGGUGCCAUCGCAACUGACCGGCGGUCGGGAGGGCUUUUAUGUUGUUUCGGCCGACCGAAGUCUGAAACUGUACCAGGCACCCGGAGGCAUCUGGACCCUCAACACCGAAGAUCAGCUGCAGGAGUCUGUGGCAAUCAUCACACCUAUGCUGGAGCUCCGGGACCAUGAGACCUCUCAAAACUGGAUCCGCAGCUCGUUCUCCGGAGAGUGGCUCUUUACCUGGUCCACCGAUGGCACCAUCGUUACAAGAAUGAUCAUGGAGCCCGAUAAAUCGAUUCGGAUCUAUGUGCAUGAUCCCUUUCAGGGCGGCGUCCGCGAUGUGGCCGUCAGUCGCGACUGUCGCCUGAUUGUCUCGGUCGGAGCCGAUGGUUUGCUGCGGAUUCUGGACUGGAAGAUCAGCGCCACCGGCCGCCGAGCAGCUGCCGAGAUGUCCUCCGGGGCGGAUCGGUUGAUUGAAGAACAGUCUGCACUUAUCAAUGAGAUCUACAACAACAUCAUGGCCGUGGACACUGUCAUCUCCGAAAGCGAUGGAGCAGGUGACUCUAGCACUCUGACUCAGGAACAGGAGUCCAAACUGACCGAGGAAAGUGCCCAGAGUCGCCAAGUGGAUCAUCGCAGCAACCCGAUAUAUCCCCGCUUUGAGGCUGUCCGGGAGAAGAUCACCAAAAUGAUCGCAGCCAACGGCGAUGUGCCGGAGAUGGAGCGGCUGCUCCCGGAAGACUUUGUAAUUGAUUUUGAAGAACGUGAUCGACUCACCAAGGUCUCAGACGAGCAAAUAGACAAAGUAAAGCAAGAAAUCGAGCAGGAGAAUCUGAAGAAGCAGAUCAUAGCCAACCGAAUCAAGAGAGAAUGCUGGGAGUCGAUGGAAGUGGUCGGACAGUCCGUGAUCUCAUUCCGACCAGACCAGCUCACCGGUCGUCUUAUCGAAGUCAGCAAUUACCCCAUCCGCAAGUUUGAUCUGCAAGAGCAUGAGCAGACAAUGAAAGCCAUUUUGCUGCGGAGGAUCCAGCUGUUAGUCCAGAAAUCCAACAAGCAAGCUUCGCGCUCGGCUACCGCACGAGACUCACCCACCAAGGAGAUUCCCUCGAAGGAAGUUGAGGUUGCUGAAGUGGAUGAAGAUCAAGAGGAGUCUGCUGCUGCUGCCACCGCUGCACUGGCAGCCAAGGCUGUACCUGCCGCCACCGAGAUCGAUGUCAGCACAUGCGCUUGCCAGCAUAUCCUCUACGACCCAUUCGAGCUCAACACCAACGAGAGGAAGCGCACACAAGUCUACCUGCUUCUUCAGGUGAUCCACGACAUCAAGAGAACCUUCAACGCCACCUUCAAGGAGUUUGUCCGAAUGAAAUCCGACGAAAUCAGCAAGAUCGAGGAGAAAAACGAUCGAAUUACACAAAUAUUGGCGGAGUUACAGAUUCAAGAAGCAAUCUUCCACCCGAUCCUGACGGACGAUGAAGUUCCCGAGAGAAUAAUUCAAGUGCUCGACAGCGAAGUGACUUCUGAAAGGUUUAUCACCACAGAGGAAAGAAAGCGAAUAGAGGAGAAGAAGAAAAUGGACGAGGAACGACUCAGAGCCCAACAAGAGGACGAUUCUCGCGAAAGAGCCAUCAUGUACAUGAUGGGCGGCAAACUGGACGAUAGAUCCGAUCAAGAGGAGAAGGAGGUCUUGGUCAGACCCGAGUGGAUGAACAAGCCCAAAGAAGACCUCAGUGAAGAGGAGAAGAAGCUGAUCAAGGAGUUUGAGAAGAAGAUGGCUGUCUUCAAGGAAGAGCAAGAAAAGUACAAAAAAGCGCUAGAGACCGAACUGAGAAAGCUCCAGAGCGGAAUCACCGAGAUCUGCGACGGAUUCGAUAGCAACCUGCGCGAUUUGUUCCUCAAGAAGCUCGAUACCGACCAGCAGAUAUUCCAAAACGAGCUCAAGAUCACCAAGCUGACACAAUCCACGCUGUACAGCGAGGAUGACGAGAUGAAGGAAACCGAGCUCAUGAAGCGUCUGGAGGACCUCAAGAACGAAAAAACCACAUGCAUGACCGAGAUUCCCGAGAUCAAGCGAGAUCUGGAACAUUGCCGCGAAGAGUACGAGCAGGCCGUCAAGCGCGACAAAGAGAUCGAAAAGGCAUUCAAGAAGGAGUUUCAUGCUUAUGACUUUUACUUUGACGCUCUACUGAAGCUCUUCAAAAAGCGACAGGCGACUCAAGAGGAGGGCUCUGCACCAGCGAACGAUUUCAGUGAAAGCCCGUACUUCCAAUAUGAAAAGGCCGUCAUUGCCUCCGACGAGCCUGUUGUUGCGCUCAACCCCGAGAUCGAUAUGCCCGAAGGACUGAACGCGGAGUUGUGGCAGAAGCUCCAAGAAAUCCGAGAUCGCAAAAUCGCCUCCGAGACCGAGGUCCGCCAGUGUCUCAAGAAGUUUACGGACAUGCAGCAGCUGGUGCAGGCCGUGCUAGAGGAGAGCGAGCGCAUCCGCACCGAGACAGAGAAGAUCACCAGCGACUAUAAUGCUUUUCUGGAGUACAAGUUCCACACAACCUACGACCUUGAGAGUCUGUUUGAGCUGAAACAGGGCCAGGUUGAAGUUGCCCAGGCGCCCGUUGUGACGGAUUACUCUGAUGCAAUCCUGAUCCACCGGUCGGUAGUCGAACAGAUCAACGAGGGAAUCGUUGCCCUCGGCAAGACCAAAGUCGAUGCGCUGAGGGAAAUCAAGGACUACCGAAAGGGCAUCCAUGCACUCGAGUGGGAGAACAAAAUGCUCGACUUCCAGGCCGAGGACUUGGUCAUCCGGACAAGAGACAUCCAGCUCCUACGGGUUACCAAGCAGAUGCAGGAGUACCUCCGGAGCGGCGAUGAGUACAAGCAGUCUGCCGAGAUCGCAGCCCUGGAGAAGCGAGCCGAGUACAGCCAGAAGACACACGGGCACAAAAUCGAGGAAAAGAAGAGGGUCGUAACCAAGAUCGAGAAAAAGAUUCGCGAGAAGGCAGUCGAAAACAAGAAGCUCGACAAGCAGCUCGGCGAUCUUGCCAGUGCAGUCGCUGAACGAAGCAAAAUCCACAAUGUGCAAACAGCCAACCCAGUCCCCAACACCGAGUGCGUUGACAAAGCCUCGCUCAAGGAGAUCUACACCCGACGCAAGCUUGUGGAUCUGGCCAAGUCGCAGGCUCAGGACAUUGCCAUCCUGCGCGAGGAAGUCGAGCGCCUGCGGCUGCGGACAUACCCAGCAUUCCCCACGACCAAGCCCGGGCGCAUUGUGUAGAUUCCGGCGACCAGGGCGUCUUGACUCUGGGGACGGAGCUGCGGUGCAACAUUGGGGCAGGCGGGGGGCUGUUUGAACAUGUUGCACGGCGCCAGCCGAUCUGGCAGGGGCAGAGCGUCCCCCCCCCCCAAAAAAUCCCAUGCCUGUUGCCCCAGACGACCCGCAAUCAGCUGCUAUGGGGGAGGGUGAUCGGGCAGGAGGGGGAAGCCACGUCGAUUGGCUCGGCAGCGGGGGCUUUUUUGGGAGCGAU